CCGAGCGUGUGCGACUGAGAGGAGGAUUAGGUGGCCACGGCGACGCCAUGGCCGCCACAGUGCCACCCGCCAAGUUGCCCCCUCCUCCCCCAUCAAGGCCUCCACACCAACCCACCCACAUGCCCGACUCCCCCGAAUCCCACCCGCCGCCGCCGCCGCCGCCGCCGCCCACAGAUCCCGCCGCGUCCACGACAGCGAAUGCCCCACGCAACUUGCAGGUGGUGGUGGCGCCGGUGCAGCCGAGGAUGAUCAUCAAGGGGAUGCUGGGGAGGUACGAGAGGUGGAACCCCGUGCACCCGACGGUGGGCACGUUCUGGGGGAUCGGCCUGGGGCUCGGCUGCGGCGUCGGGUGGGGCCCAGGGUUCGGGCCCGAGGUCAUCGGCUACGUCGGCGCCGGCUGCGGCGUCGGGUUCAGCGUCGGCGUCACGCUCGCCGGCGUCGGCGUCGGCUUGCCGCAGCACGGCCUCAUCAAGAACCAGUACCACAGCGGUUUUGCAAGCAAUGUCCCUUUUGAAUCAGCAAGGUUUUAUGCCUUAACCAUCAUGAGAGGCUUGGUAUGGGAUGCCAUAAGUUAUGCAAGCCAGGUAGCGGCUGUGAGGAAAGAAUCUCGACAGAGGCUCCUAAACUUUCAUGAGAACCCUCAGAUUUCAGGAGUUAACCUGCCCAAGCUGGGGAAGGGUUUAUCAAGCAGCAUCCAAUCCUCCCUGGAAUGUAUAAAGGCCUUCAAAGAUCAGCAUUGGCCUCCAUAACAACACCUAUGAAAUUAAAAAAUGGAUGCUGUAUAAGACUAUAAGUUAGAUACUCAUGGCAUACAUACUCUACAGAUGAAGAUAUCUACGGCACUAGUUUAGUGCAAGGAAGUUUUUCCAACUUAUAAUGGAGAAACUACUCCAGUUUCCAGCUGAGUAAAAUGGUAGCAUGUAACCUAGCAAACCAUAGAUGUAGUUAUCCAAUUAUUUUGUACAUAUAAUGGUGUAUUUUUUAAGCACUUUGCAACAGUUAAUCUGGCAUUGUGAAAUAAUAAAAUGCAAUUAUAUUGCAAUCUCGGUCUGCAGGGAUUUACUCUACAUUUUGAGACUCUUAACUGUGAUUCGGUGAUGCCAAAGAUGUUUAAGAUGGCUCUGGAGCUCACUCUGAACAGAGGCUGAUAGUUGUACAAGUAACGUCAAGAAACAUGUAUUGCGUGCUACAUUGAACAGUAAGAAACUAAGAAGUAAGAACUUGACUAUUUUGGAUAUUUGGAGGCUAAUAGUAAUGCUCCCUUGUAUUGUCGACUAUCUGAUGUUAUUGAUGUAAUGCAGGUGAAAAAUAGACAGGAUACUCGAUCUACUUGAUCAUCAACUCCUAACAAAUGAAUGUGUUUUCAGAUUUCUUCACUAAAUUAAGUACCAUCCAAGGCUAAUUGGAGCACUAUGCCAUGUGGUGGUCCUGCAAACAAUGUCUGGUUGUGUGCGACAUGUGGGGUGUGCUGCCCAGCUGCAGGGUAGUCCAGCAGACCAACAUGAUGGUGACCAGGGGGGUGCCUCUGCCCAGUAAUGUCCAAGAGAAAAAACAUCCAUGGGCAGCCAUUAAUGAUCUGGUCCUAGCUUUUCAACAUAUAUAUGCUGUACUUCCUCUCCAACAUAUAUCGCCGGUCCCCAAAGACCAAACUCCGAAUGCAAUAUAUAGAUCAUCAAUUCAUGCAUGCCCAAUUAAUCUAGAAUGUCGAUAAUUGUAUGGUUUGGUUACACAUAUAUACAUAUAGUUCUGUAUGCUUCAUUGAAAAACUAUGUUUACCGAAAUCUAUAUUUACAUAGAUAUAAGCAAGAAAGGCUGAUGGAUCAUUAAUAACGUAGGUGCAGGGGGCAGAGGCAGGAGGGCUAGCUGGCUGGGCAGCGUGUCGCCGUGAUGUCUGAAUGGUUCAGCAGAUGGAUCAGUUGCAGCGAGCAGCGAGCAGGAGGAGGCAGGGUAAAACUGGUACAGUGUUGGGUACGUUUGCAGUUGGCAUGCAUGCAGAAACGGACACGGAGGAAAACGGCGACGGGAGAGGGACAAACACAGGCAGGCAGGCAGGCAGGCACCCUCCAUCUGCCAGAUAUCAUGCUCCUUGUUUCUGAAAACACCAUAUAAUAU